AUGCGCCCAAGUGAAGAACCCCCCCCCGUAGCCAAAAGCACACCGAACAGUUACUUCAACUCCCUCUGCUGCAGCAGUGUGCUGAACAAGAGCGUGGACGGCCAUGUGAAUUUCGAGGAUGGGCUGGUGAGUUUCUUCACGCUGAACCCUAAUCCGAACAUUGGCUUUCUGGUUGGCAGGGGGAAGCGGCGGGGGGGAGCGGCAAAAGAGACAGACGAAACAGGCGAGAUAGGCGCUGCAGAUGAGACAAACACGAAUGACGCAGCGCCCCCUCGCCAAAGGACCCAAAAGAUUCGCCUCAAACUCAAACGAGGAUACAUGAACGAAGUGUACGCCAGGGAGAAAAAACGGCUGAACCAAGUGCUGCUCUCCUUCAAGGACAAGAGCAUAUUCAACGCGCCCAAAAAAAAAAUCAAAGAGAAGAUCCUUCUCCUAAACGGACAAACUGUAAAUAUAGAGGUGAUAAAACAGUACCUGUUUCACAAGUUAAGACUAGAGUAUUAUGAGAGCAUAAGGGACCAGAAAAAAAUCCUGACCUUGGACCUAUGGUCUAAGGAAAUUAAUGUAUCCGUUGAAAAUCUGAAGAAGCUCAUUGUGUAUAUUUACAAAAUGAAGGCGCUCGUGCAGAAGGACGACGAGGAGUUGCUCAUUAGGACCUACUUUUACAACAAGACGAAUAUGUUCAGCCUGUUCAGGAACGGUGCCGCAGGAGGAGGGGAUGUGGUGGCCCCCUUCGACUUUUCCGUGCCGGAGGUGGCCGCCCCGGUUGGCGACCAAGGGGGAGCCGCUAACGGGGGAGCCGCUAACGGGGGAGCCGCUAACGGGGGAGCCCCCAACAGGGGGGACAUCUUCACCGACUACUUCGACCACCACGAAGUGGUCCUGUACGAGGACUGCGAAAAUCUGAUAAACUCAGAAGUGCAGAAAUUCAUAGAGUGCAUCAAGGACAUGGUGUUUUUUGAAAAUUCCAUUUACAUGUUGGAGAAGCUGGAGAAUAGACCCCCCCUUCUGGAGGAAGUAACCUUUGCGUAUGACUACGAUAGGGAAGUCUUCAUUCAAAAAUUGGAGGCUAAAAUAAAGUUGUCCCAAAAGUUACUCAUAUAUUUCAUCCCCCUGAUUAAUAACAUCAUUCGGAAGGCAGAAUCCAAUUUUAGUAGCAACUUGAGUGAAGACGACUUCUUGCUGGUCAGCUUAGAUGCAGUGAAAAACGGGUUCAGAAGAUAUGACGUCGAAAAAUUGGGAAUCAAAAAUUUAACAAAGUAUGUUUACAUCUGGGCGAAGAACAGCACCUACAAUUACUACCAGAAGCAUAAGUCCUUCGUGUCCGUGUCGCCACAUACGUACAAAGAUUAUAAUAACGUAAAAAAGUUUGAAGAAAGUUUUGAGGAAAAGCAUGAAAGAAAACCGAGCAUCAAAGAAAUCAGCGACGGGUUGCAUAUGACCAUGGAACGGGUUCAGAAGGCCCUCUCCUCAGCGGUCAACGUGAUAGACGCUGAAAAACCAAUCGUGUACCAAAAUAGUAACUCGGCCCACCCGGAAAAAAAUACCUACACAGAUUUGAUCGUAAACUCGGACGACAUCCACAGCAUGAACGAAAUCGUCUACAACGACAUCGUCAUUAAGGGGCUACGGAAGUUCAUCUGCAAGUCGCUGAGGAAAAAAAUCAACAAGCUAAUUAUCUUUAUGAAGUUCGGCCUUUUCUUACGGAAAAAAAUUUACACGGACGAAGAAAUUUGCCGCGCCCUCCAGAUCACGCAGAAUAAGUUGCAGAGGCUUUUUCAGCUCUCCCUCAAGGAGAUCAAAAAGUGCGUCACCAGGAUUAAGCAGGGCAAGCAGAGUGAGAAGCGUAGGAAGGAGGCGGCGAGUGGGGCGAAUGGGGCGAAUGCCUCCGAGGGCGACCCCAACUGGGAUUUCUCCUCGUACAUCAACUUUUCCCAGUACGACUUCCUGGGGAACGAGUUCUCCCAAAUUUUGACGUGACGCUCGCAGAGGGCGUGGUGGUGACCAACCUCUUCGUCGAGGCGCCCCCCCGUUGUGCCUUCGCCAUCGCAAUCGCCAUCGCUAAGAGGGCCACAUGGUCUUCCUUCCUCCUUCCUUCUCCCUUCUUCCGUCUUCCUCUCUUUUUUUUUUUUUUUUUCGUAAGGAAAGGGUCCUUCGCUGCGUUACCCCUUUCUGUCUAACAUUUGGCGUUACUAUUUGGGAAUUUUUUCUUCCACUUUUUCU